GAGGAGAGUGAUUGGUGGGGUUUCUCUCUCUUGCAGAUUUUCUCCCCGCCCCUCAAAUUCAUCAAAUCUCCUCUCGAAUGAAUGAGAAUGAAGAACAAGAAGAAGAAUACGAGAGAGGGCAGCAACUGAACAUUUUCUUUUCUCCAUUUAUAUAUGCACCUAUUGGAUCCCGAUUCGAUCCAAGAUCAUCCCAGCUAGGGUUUCACUUCUUCCUAUAUGCACCAAUUGGAUUAGUUAUUAUGUGUUGAUAAAAAAACAUGUUUUUAUCUCUUCUUCUUCUCAGAAUUCCACCUUAAUUACCACCAUAUUCUAAAUCAAUUUCUUUUUGAGGCCUUUAAUAAUAAUAAUAAGAGGACAGACAACAACAUGGAUGUUGAUUUAGCAAUGACAUCGGAGAUGAUCGAUCACGAUCCCUCCUCCGCCUCACCCUCACCCUCAGAGCACAACGCUGACGACCCCGUUUCCGUGCACCUAGAACAAUCUUUGCCGACCACUACCGCGCCACCUCACCAACAGCAGCCGGGCACGGUAUCAGGGCCUAGGUGCGCGCCAACGUACUCCGUCGUCGAUGUUAUUCUCGAAAAGAAGGACGACGGGCCAGGACCCAGAUGCGGCCACACCUUGACGGCUGUAGCAGCUGUCGGGGAGGAAGGUACGCCCGGUUAUAUUGCUCCUCGGUUGAUUCUUUUUGGUGGUGCCACUGCUCUUGAGGGCAAUUCGACAGCUCCUGGGACUCCAUCAUCUGCUGGAAGUGCCGGAAUAAGGUUAGCAGGAGCUACAGCUGAUGUCCACUGCUAUGAUGUUCGGUCAACGAAAUGGACUAGGAUAACACCCUAUGGCGAACCUCCUACACCGAGGGCUGCACAUGUAGCGACUGCUGUAGGAACCAUGGUGGUUAUUCAGGGUGGAAUCGGUCCAUCUGGUUUGUCAGCUGAGGAUCUUCAUGUUCUUGAUCUCACACAACAAAAACCGCGAUGGCAUAGGGUUGUUGUUCAAGGUCCUGGACCUGGUCCAAGAUAUGGGCAUGCCAUGGCUCUGGUAGGACAACGGUAUCUCAUGUCAAUUGGUGGAAAUGAUGGAAAGCGGCCAUUGGCUGAUGUAUGGGCCCUUGACACAGCUGCCAAGCCAUAUGAAUGGCGGAAGUUGGAACCAGAAGGAGAAGGUCCACCUCCAUGCAUGUAUGCAACAGCAAGUGCACGGUCAGAUGGUCUUCUUCUUCUUUGUGGGGGGAGAGAUGCUAAUAGUGUGCCUUUAGCUAGUGCAUAUGGACUUGCAAAACAUAGAGAUGGACGCUGGGAAUGGGCUAUAGCUCCUGGUGUCUCACCAUCAGCUAGAUAUCAACAUGCGGCUGUUUUUCUUAAUGCACGACUCCAUGUAUCUGGUGGUUCCCUCGGUGGUGGACGCAUGGUUGAGGAUUCAUCAAGUAUUGCAGUUCUGGAUACCGCUGCUGGAGUUUGGUGUGAUAUGAAGUCUGUGGUCACAAGUCCUAGGACAGGCCGUUACAGUGCCGAUGCUGCUGGUGGAGAUGCUGAUGUUGAACUAACUAGACGCUGCAGGCAUGCUGCUGUUUCUAUGGGUGACUUGAUAUUUAUCUAUGGUGGUUUACGUGGAGGUGUAUUACUGGAUGAUCUACUAGUUGCUGAAGAUUUGGCUGCUGCAGAGACUACUACUGCAGCUUCAUAUGCUGCUGCUGCAGCUGUAACAGGAAGAUUUUCUGAUGAAGGAGUCCCAGAUGGUGCUGGAAUUCUUAGUCCUGGAAUAAAUAGUGAUAAUAGCUUAGAAAAUACAACACGGCACUCUAGGAAAUCAAGCAAAGGUGUUGAAUAUUUGGUUGAGGCCUCAGCAGCGGAAGCGGAAGCCAUUAGUGCUACGUUAGCUGCUGCCAAAGCUCGUCAAGUCAAUGGAGAUGUUGAACUGCAUGACAGAGAUCGUGGAGCAGAGGCCACUCCUAGUGGGAAUGAUAUAUCUUCCAUGGUUAAACCAGACUCUGCACCUGGAGUCAGAUUGCAUCAUAGAGCUGUGGUUAUAGCUGCAGAAACCAGUGGAGCCUUAGGUGGAAUGGUCAGACAACUUUCUAUAGAUCAAUUUGAAAAUGAGGGACGGAGAGUGAGCUACGGAGUACCUGAGAAUGCCACAGCUGCAAGGAAAUUAUUAGAUCGGCAAAUGUCCAUCAACAGUCUUCCCAAAAAGAUAAUAGCACAUCUUCUAAAACCUCGGGGCUGGAAGCCUCCUGUUCGCAGACAGUUUUUUUUGGAGUGUAAUGAGAUAGCAGAUCUUUGUGACAGUGCUGAACGUUUAUUUACUCUUGAACCUACUGUUUUACAACUUCGAGCUCCAAUUAAGAUAUUUGGUGACUUACAUGGACAAUUUGGGGAUCUAAUGCGCAUUUUUGAUGAAUAUGGUUCUCCUUCAACUGCUGGAGACAUUGCAUAUAUCGAUUAUCUCUUCUUAGGAGAUUAUGUUGAUCGAGGUCAGCAUAGCUUGGAAACUAUUGCUCUUCUGCUAGCUUUGAAGGUGGAGUAUCCUCGAAGUAUACAUUUAAUUCGUGGGAAUCAUGAAGCUGCAGAUAUCAAUGCUCUUUUCGGUUUUCGAAUUGAAUGUAUUGAGCGCAUGGGUGAGAGGGAUGGAAUCUGGACUUGGCAUCGAAUAAAUAGAUUGUUCAAUUGGCUUCCUCUUUCAGCUCUUAUUGAGAAGAAAAUCAUAUGCAUGCAUGGAGGCAUUGGAAGAUCAAUAAAUCAUGUCGAGCAAAUUGAAAAUAUUCAGCGGCCAAUUACCAUGGAAGCUGGCUCCAUCGUCCUAAUGGAUUUGCUCUGGUCUGACCCAACCGAAAAUGAUAGUGUGGAAGGAUUACGGCCAAAUGCUAGAGGUCCUGGUUUGGUUACUUUUGGGCCUGAUCGUGUAAUGGAAUUCUGUAACAAUAAUGACCUUCAAUUGAUUAUACGUGCCCAUGAAUGUGUGAUGGACGGUUUUGAGCGUUUCGCUCAGGGACACUUGAUUACUCUCUUCUCAGCUACCAAUUAUUGUGGAACGGCAAAUAAUGCAGGUGCAAUCUUAGUAUUGGGUAGGGACCUUGUAGUUGUCCCUAAACUAAUUCAUCCAAUACCACCCGCGAUUAGAUCAACAGAAACUUCACCUGAACAACAUAUUGAAGAUACAUGGAUGCAGGAACUGAAUGCAAAUAGACCUCCAACACCAACUCGAGGGCGUCCUCAAGUACCAAAUGAACGGGGUUCUCUAGCAUGGAUUUAAGAGAGGCAGAUUUAAAACAUUCGCCCUCACGCCCCAAAUGAACGGGCUUGGAUUUAAGAGAGACAGAUUAAAACUUUCGCCCAAAUGAACUCAGAUCUCUAGCUUGGAUUUAAGAGAGACAGAUUUAAAACAUAGGUUCUGAUGAUGACUUUUGGAAGCAGCAGCAUUAUCAGUCAUUAACAGUUAAUAAGUAAAGGUAUUAUGCAACAUCAUCUAUCUGCAGUACUCUCUCUUCAGAGCUUUCCUCCCUUGUAUAUUGAAAGCCCAACAACCCCCAGGUAUAAAAAAACUGAAAGUAAAAAACUAUAAUUUAUUUUUAGUUAUAUCUUUCUAGGAUUUUUAUUUUUAUAGUUUUGUACCAUUUUUGCCUGUUUUUGUUUUGUCCCAUUUUCUUUAGCUGUUGAUAGUCAAGAGGGGUCUGUUUUUAAACUGAUUAUGUAUCUUAUACAUAAGAAUUAUUAUUUUUUUGCCAAUUCUUCUUUAACUUUGGUGUUAUGAUUAUUAUGGUAAAUGAAUUUUGUUGGAGAUUGACUCUUUCUUGUAAUGUGUUUUGCUUUGUGAAUUUAUUUUUAAUGUUC